AACCACAACGGACCUCCCUCUUUUUGUUUUAACUCUUCUGACACCUUUCUGAGGAUCCUAAUAAAUACCACCCCGACUGAUCUUCAGCCCAAACUCAAACCAAAGAUCAACCGUGAGGAUCACCUUCUUCUCCUUCAUCGUCUCCAGAGGAAUCCAUCAACAUGAGGACCGCCGCCAUCCUCCUGCUCUGCAUCCUGGGAGCUGCGCUCUUCUGCACCGUCUCCUGCAACAAUUCCAACGGUCCAGACAACUGCUGCUUCAAAUUCUUCCCAGGAACGUUGAGUCCCUCCAGAGUCCGUUCUUUCAUUCUCACUGAUGAUCGUUGUCCCAAACCUGGAGUCAUUUUAGUGACAAGAAGGAACCUCCACAUCUGCGUGGAACUGAGUGCCACCUGGGUUCAAGAUAUGUUCAAGAUAUGAGGACAUAGAGGAAAAAACUUAAUUUAUGCCGGCUGGAUGGCCCCAAUUUUGGUUGCCAUUUUUGUUGCACCUGUAAUGUUAGGUUGGGUUUGUGAGGGGCUGUAAGAUAGAGGGAGAGAGUGUCAACAGAGCUUUACCGUCCCUUAUAAUCUGGUGGAGAUGGAUGACAAUCUGCAGAGGUAGAUUACAUAAAAUCUUGGAUGGAUCUGAACUUCCUAUGUCUGGAUGAAAACAAAACUUACUUUUGCUUUGUUUUUUUCUUCCGUACAUUGCGGCAACAGCAAG